UGCAGAGGGAAGGGAAACCGCGUCGUUGUUGACAGGUGCAGUGAACAAUCAUGUCUAGCCUUACCCGACGCGGAGAAAUGGAGACUGACAAAGUGGUGUUGUGUGAGAGCCUUGCUAUAUGGAUGCAGGGGAAGGAGCAUCACUUUAUCAAAUCCUCCUUCAGUCACUUGCAGCUCCAGACCUUCAACACUGCAGCACCAUGUACGACUGUAGAGGAGCUGACCACUGGAGCUGCCAUUUCUCAGGCCCUGCAUCAGAUAGAUCCAGCGUGGUUCAGUGAGAGUUGGCUUGGUCACAUUAAAGAAGAUGUUGGGAAUCACUGGAGACUGAAGAUGAACAACCUGAAGAAGAUCCUUCAGAUGAUGGUGGAUUACUACAAUGAGGUCCUGAGCCAGCAGAUCCAGGAGUUCCCCCUGCCAGACCUGGUGAAGGUGGCAGAACACUCAGACCCUAUAGAACUGGGACGACUGCUGCAGCUCACACUGGGCUGUGCUGUCAAAUGUGAACGCAAGCAAGAGUACAUCCAGAUCAUCAUGACUCUGGAGGAAUCCGUACAGCAUGUGGUGAUGACAGCCCUUCAGGAGCUGAUGAGUAAAGAGAACAUGGCCCAGUUUGGAGUAGAGCCACCGGGGGACGUAGAAUCACAGUUGAAGAAGGCUCUCGAGGACCUGGCAGAUCUGAUGGCAGAAAAGGAGGAGCUAGCCCAGCGCUGUCAGGAACUCGACGUACAGGUGACGGUCCUUCAGGAGGAGCGGAACAGCCUAUUAGCUGAGAACGACGUGCUGACGGACCGAGCCAAUCAGCUGGACUCGUUUGAUGACCCGAGCACGCCCUCCGGACGGAAACACAGCCAGCUACAGAUACAGCUAGAGACACUACAGGAGGAGAACUUUAGGCUAGAGGCAGCUAAGGAUGACUACCGUAUCCACUGUGAGGAGUUGGAGAAGCAGCUGAUCGAGGUUCAGCAUCGUAAUGACGAACUCACCAGCCUGGCAGAGGAGUCACGAGCACUUAAAGACGAACUCGAUAUCCUCAGGAGCUGUUCGGACCAUGCUGUGAAGCUGGAGGCGUCAGUGGAGACAUACAGGCGUAAACUGGAGGACCUGGGAGAUCUGAGAAGACAAGUCAAACUGCUGGAAGAGAAGAACAUGACCUACAUGCACAACACUGUCAGUCUGGAGGAGGAGCUACGCAAGGCUAACACUGCCCGUGCACAGCUAGAGACAUACAAGAGACAGGUCCAAGAGCUGUACCGGAAGUUGUCAGAGGAGUCUCGGCGGGCAGACAACCUUGCUUACGAAAAGAAGAAGUUUGAAGAGAAACAUGACGCCGUGAUGAGGGAGAAAGAGAGGAUCAUCAUUGAGCGAGACUCUCUGAAGGAGACCAAUGAGGAGUUGCGAUGUAACCAGGCUCAACAGGACCAGCUCCUACAAGCAGGGAUGGCAGGGAUGCCAGCUGGUAGUCCAACCCAUGAUAACCUUGCUGCUGAGAUCCUACCUGUAGAGUACAGGGAGAAGUUUAUCCGGCUCCAGCAUGAGAAUAAGAUGUUGCGUGUGCAGCAGGAGGGAUCAGAGAAUGACAAGAUCUCUGAACUACAGACACUGAUAGAGGUGGCACACAGAACCUGCUCUGAACUGGACACUGACAACAGGUUAAGCAGGGAGAGGGUCACUGAGCUGCAGCAGCAGGUAGAGGAUUUACAGAAAGCCCUACAGGGCCAGGGAGCCAAGACUGAUGACUCUCACCUGAAGAGGAAACUGGAUGCUCAUAUGGUGCAACUGAACGAUGCGCAGGAUGAGAUCAUGAAGAAGAAAGAACUCCUGGAGGACUUGCAGCCAGACAACACACAGACCUCUCUGAGACUGGAUGAGCUGAUGGCUGCUCUGAAGAAGAAGGAUGAUGACAUGAGAGCCAUGGAGGAGAGAUACAAGAUGUACCUGGAGAAAGCACGCAAUGUGAUCUGUGCAUUGGACCCCAAGCUGAACCCAGCCACAGCAGAGAUCCAGGCUCUAAAGAACCAGCUGACGGACAGAGACAAGAGGAUCCUCAGCCUGGAGAGGGAGUGUGAGCAGGCAAAGCUGAGAGAGUAUGAAGAGAAGCUGAUUGUAACAGCAUGGUACAACAAGAGUCUGAGCUUCCAGAAGCUGGCGAUCGAGGCCCGUCUCGGGGGUCGCUCCACCUCCAUGGUGCCCCCAGGUCAGUCCUUCCUGACCCAGCAGCGCCAGGUCACCAACGCUGCCCGCAGGAACCUCUCUGUCAGCGUGCCUGCCACCACCACUAAGUAGACCUGGGAUGGGUGACUACUGAGGUGGGCCAGCGUGUGUACAGGCUUCUUCUAUUAAUGUUGAACCAUGAUUAGUUCAAUCAGGUGUGUUAGUGCUGGUCUGGAACAAAUGCCUGCUGACACUGCGGCCCUCUAGGACUGGGAUCUCCUACAUCUGACGUAAACAAACAAAUGGCUCCUCUCUAACUCCUUUCCAGAAAUGUACACUCAAGUGACCUUAAGCACAUUAGUUCUCAGUCCCUGGAGAGGGGGCAAGCAUGCACUGACUGACUUGAACAUGAGCACUUACUCUAACCAGGUUCCCUCCUCACUGAUACACCAGACGGUAACAGUUAUACUCCUCACUACAGUUUAGGAUGUUUAUUAUCUCCGGUAAUGAGUUUGGUCUGGCAACCCUACCAACAUGCUUUAUUAGCUUAGCACAUAGCCUAGCACAUAACACUGACUGAGCCCUACAAUAUACCUGUGUUAGCCUAGCUAGCAGAAGGCUCUGACUAGCAGUGAUUCCUAACCUUGACAUAUCCUGACAUGUACACUGACUGUACAAAACAUUAAGAACACCUUCCAAAUAUUUACUCCUAUGCCUCCCACAGUUGUGUCAAGUUGAUCUGGAUGUCCUUUUGGUGGUGGACCAUUCUUGAUACACAUGGGAAACUGUUGAGUGAGAAACCCUGCAGCGUUGCAGUUCUUGACACAAACCUGUGCUCCUGGCACCUACUAUCAUACCCCAUUCAAAGGCACUUCAAUAUUUUGUCUUGCCCAUUCACCCUCUGAAUGGCACAUAUAAACAAUCCAUGUCUCAAGGCUUAAAAAUCCUUCUUUAACCUGUCUCCUCUCCUUCAUCUACACUGGUUGAAGUGGAUUUAUCAAUAAGGAAUCAUAGCUUUCACCUGGAUUCACCUGGUCAGUCUACAGUUGUGGCCAAAAGUUUUGAGAAUGACACAAAUAUUCAUUUUCACAAAGUUUGCUGCUUCAGUGUCUUUAGAUAUUUUUGUCAGAUGUUACUAUGGAAUAUUGAAGUAUAAUUACAAGCAUUUCAUAAGUGUCAACGGCUUUUAUUGACAAUUACAUGAAGUUGAUGCAAAGAGUCAAUAUUUGCAGUGUUGACCCUUCUUUUCAAGACCUCUGCAAUCCACCCUGGCAUGCUGCCAAUUAACUUCUGGGCCACAUCCUGACUGAUGGCAGCCCAUUCUUGCAUAAUCAAUGCUUGGAGUUUGUCAGAAUUCGUGGGUUUUUGUUUGUCUACCUGCCUCGAGGAUUGACCACAAGUCCUCAAUGGGUCAUGGACCCAAAAUAUCGAUGUUUUGUUCCCCGAGCCACUUAGUUAUCACUUUUGCCUUAUGGCAAGGUGCUCCAUCACGCUGGAAAAGGCAUUGUUCGUCACCAAACUGUUCCUGGAUGGUUGGGAGAAGUUGCUCUCGGAGGAUGAGUUGGUACCAUUCUUUAUUCAUGGCUGUGUUCUUAGGCAAAAUUGUGAGUGAGCCCACUCCCUUGGCUGAGAAUCAUGAAUGGUCUCAGGAUGCUUUACUGUAGGCAUGACACAGGACUGAUGCUAGCGCUCACCUUGUCUUCUCCGGACAAGCUUUUUUCCGGAUGCCCCAAACAAUCAGAAAGGGGAUUCAUCAGAGAAAAUGAAUUUUCCUAGUCCUCAGCAGUCCUGUACCUUUUGCAGAAUAUCAGUCUGUCCCUGAUGUUUUUCCCGGAGAGAAGAGGCUUCUUUGCUGCCCUUCUUGACACCAGGCCAUCCUACAAAAGUCUUCACCUCACUGUGUGUGCAGAUGCACUCACACCUGCCUGCUGGCAUUCCUGAGCAAGCUCUGUACUGGUGGUGCCCCGAUCCCGCAGCUGAAUCAACUUUAGGAGACGGUCCUGGCGCUUGCUGGACUUUCUUGGGCGCCCUGAAGCCUUCUUCACAACAAUUGAACUGCUCUCCAUUAAGUUCUUGAUGAUCCAAUAAAUGGUUGAUUUAGGUGCAAUCUUACUGGCAGCAACAUCCUUGCCUGUGAAGCCCUUUUUGUGCAAAGCAAUGAUGACGGCAUGUGUUUCCUUGCAGGAAGAAGGAAGAACAAUGAUUCCAAGCACCACCAUCCUUUUGAAGCUUCCAGUCUGUUAUUCGAACUUAAUCAGCAUGACAGAGUGAUCUCCAGCCUUGUCCUCGUCAACACUCACACCUGUGUUAACGAGAGAAUCGCUGACAUGAUGUCAGCUGGUCCUUUUGUGUCAUUCUCAAAACUUUUGGCCACGACUGCAUGUCAUGGAUAGAGCAGGUGUUCCUAAUGUUUUGUACGCUCAGUGUGUUUUGAGUCAGAGAUAUGUUAGUUAUUCUGUCUAUGGAUGUGCUAAAAACUAUAUUCACAAUUGGAGCUUAUAAGAAAAAUGUGGUCUUAAUUGGCUUAUUUUAAUGCUGAAUAUAGCUGAUAUUAUAAAAUGUUUUUAUACUACAACAAAACGAUGAAUGAACCGCACUAUGCAGUUAAAGGAUGUUACAAUCAUCUUCUCAACCAUUGGACUACAAAGAGAGUUUUACCUCUGUGAUCUUCCUCUUCUGUGUUUCACAAUCACCAGAGUGAAAAUGGAAUUCAGGAGAAAUGGGUGUAUUUGGUGCUGGCAACCAAAAGUUGGUAUUGCAGCACAGAUCGAUCCAUUACUAGUUUCUUACACAAAAGCAGUCUAUACUGCAGACCUGUGUCAACAUCCUGUAAUGCCAUACUGACACAAGCAUCUCUGGUGCGGCAACAACUAAUCAUUCAAUCAACUCAGAAAUCCAGGACUUUUUAAUGGUGUUUAUUUUUGAUACUGUGAUCUAUCGGAACACUGUUGGGCUUUUACAGUGCCUUCAGAAAGUAUUCAUCCCCCUUGACUUAUUCUACAUUUUGUUGUGUUACAGCCUGAAUUCAAAAAUGUAUUUUAAAAAACACACACAUUACCCAUCUACGCACAAUAGCCCAUAAUGACAAAGUAAAAAAACAUGUUUUUCGAAUUUUGUAAAUGUAUUGAAAUGUAAUUUACAAAUAUUACAGCGGUGAGUCUUUCUGGGUAAGUCUCUAAGAGCUUUGCACACCUGGAUUGUACAAUAUUUGCUCGUUCUUUUUUUCUUUUUCUUCAAGCUCUGUCAAGUUGGUUGUUGAUCAUUGCUAGACAGUGUUGCCAUAGAUUUUCAAGCAGAUUUAAGUCAAAACUGUAACUAGGCUACUCAGGAACAUUCAAUGUCGUCUUGGUAAGCAACUCCAGUGUAUAUUUGGCCUUGUGUUUUAGGUUAUUGUCCUGCUGAAAGGUGAAUUUGUCUCCCAGUGUCUGUUACUGUAAACCAGGUUUUCCUCUAGGAUUUUGAUUAUGCUUAACUCUAUUCUUUUUACCCCAAAAACCUCCCUAGUCCUUGCCCAUAACAAGCAUGCCUGUAACAUGAUGCAGCCACCACAAGGCUUGAAAAUAUGAAGUGUGGUACUCAGUGAUGUGUUGUGUUGUAUUUGCCCCAAACUUUAACGCUUUGUAUUCAGGACAUGAAGUUAAUUUCCUUGCCUCAUUUUUUGCAGUUUUACUUAAGUGCCUUAUUGCAAACAGGAUGCAUGUUUUGGAAUCUUAUUAUGUACAAACUUCCUACUUUUUAGUCUGUCAUUUAGGUUAGUGUUGUGGAGUAGCUACAAUGUUGUUAAUCCAUCCUCAGUUUUCUCCUAUCACAGCCAUUAAACUCUGUAACUGUUUUAAGUUAA